AUGACGGCAUCCACUGAAGUCCUCCGUGAAGCCAAGACGAGCUGCAUCACAGCUGCUGCAACUUCUGAGGAACCGACAUUUUUAGAUCACUACGUGGAAAGGCAUUCGAACUACCAACGGAUGCUGAGAAUAACGGCGUACUGCUUGCGAUUUCUACAAAACUGUCGUGUUCCACGCAAUGAACGGGCUACGGAUAUUCUCACCACGGAAGAAACUAAAACAGCGGAGACAACUUUAACCAAACUCGUUCAAAUGCAGUUCUUCAGCAAUGAAAUAAAUCAACUACGACAAGGAAAGCCAAUAGCAUCUAGGUCACGACUUCGUUGGUUCCACCCAUUUCUCGACGACAAGCAUGUGCUUCGUAUAGGUGGUCGUCUUGGCAACUCCCAACUACCUUAUGAAAGCAAGCAUCAAGCAAUCCUACCCUCUACACACACAUUUUCGAAAUUAUUAGUCAAGCACAUUCAUCUGCAACAGCUUCAUGCGGGUCCGCAGCUUCUUCUAGCGGUCCUUCGUCUACGCCAUUGGGUCAUUGGCGCCAGAGACCUGGCCAAACGUACAGUUCAGAACUGUAUAAUCUGCGUCAGAAAUCGGCCCAAAAGGAUAGAACAAUUCAUGGCGGAACUACCCACUGCACGAGUAACUGCCACCAGACCAUUCUCGACAACAGGGAUCGAUUAUUGGGGCCCGAUUCAAAUAAAGCAACAACAUCGACGAGCUGCCCCACGCAAGGCUUAUGUAGCCGUUUUCGUGUGCUUCAGUACAAAGGCCGUGCAUAUCGAGCUAGUUGCGGAUCUGAGCACAGCCAAAUUUAUUCAAGCUUUACGCAGAUUUGUUUCCCGACGCGGCCUCUGUUCCGAUAUAUACAGUGACAAUGGUCGAAAUUUUAUCGGGGCCGCCAAUGAAUUGCGACGGAUAUUAAACAACAAGGAACAUCAGACAGAAGUCGCACAAGAAUGCCUCUCGAACGGCAUCAGGUGGCACUUCAAUCCACCAACGGCUUCGCAUUUUGGUGGGCUGUGGGAAGCAGCGAUCGCCUCUGCACAGAAACAUUUCUUUCGAAUCCUGGGACCACACAUCCUAUACUAUGACGAUACCGAAACUCUUCUCUCGCAAAUCGAAUGCUGCUUGCACUCUAGACCGAUAGUUCCUGUCAGCGAUGACCCAAGUGACUUCGAAGUUCUCACUCCUGGGCACUUUUUAGUGGGAGCUCCAAUGAAAGCGGUUCCAGACGUUGAUUUCUCAACUACUCCACUCAAUCACUUACACCAGUGGCAGCUGACACAAAAACUUUUCCAACACCUGUGGCAAAGAUGGCACCGAGAAUACUUGUGCACUCUUCAGCAGCGCACGAAAUGGCUUAACGCACCAACGGACAUCGAGGUGGGACGACUGGUCGUCAUGAAAGAUGACAAUGUUCCGCCUAUGAACUGGAGAACUGCGAGAAUCGAAGAACUACAUCCCGGGUCGGACGGAAUCGUUCGUGUUGUAUCUCUCCGAUCGCCACAGGGGAAAUUCAUUCGGCCGGUAGCGAAAAUAUGUUUGCUGCCCGUCGCAUCACCGCCUUGCCAAAAAACAGAUGCACUAGACUCAACCUCCAAAACUAGAUCCUGUUAA